AUGCGACCCUUGAGGACAACUACUGCAGUAUGCUUCAUCGUCAUUCUCAUCUCGACCUUCGGCCAGGCGACAGCUUCCUCAGUAGACCCUAAGCUAUGCGGGAAAGCUUGUCGCCAAACAUUCCGAACUCUUCGCUUUGCAGAUGCCCCCAAAGGGGUAUUCUUCUCGGUGCAGGAAUGCACCAGUCUUCUGUACCAAACAUCCUUACAUCUCUGCUGGGACAUUCACUGCACUAAAGACGUCUGGGAGUAUGAGUCUAAGAUGAUGAAUCAGACAUGUCAAGAUAUCAACGGCUCAUCUCUUCCAUCGCACGACAUAAUCGAUGGUCUUACAGACAAGGAUAAGACUAGGAUCCGACACUUCAAUGCGACGGAUCCAGACCGCACUUCUCCAUUUGACGUGCUGAUGCUACCAUCUCAAGGCUACUACGAUCUUUGGAUCCGCACGCUGGAUGCACAUGACUAUGUUUGGAGAUACCACUAUUACUAUGGAUGGGCAAUGGCUGUCUUUUGGGCGGUGGUAGUCGCAGUCGGCAUCGUGAAUAGGAUAUCACCAAUUCCUGGUCAAGGCCCCAAGGGUUUAUGGCUCAAGCGCAACGUUCUUAUGCCCGCAACUCUAGGCCGACGUUGUGUGCAAGACUUUGGUGGCUGGGGUACUUUGCCACCACGUAUACAAACCCUGACUCUGAUGGCAUUCAUGCUCCUCAAUGUAGCAUGCACUCUGCACGGAUACAGAAUCUUUGAAGGUAUGCAACUACUGCGACAUGUCUCUGAUAGGACGGGCAUUAUUUCAUUUGCCAACUUUCCUCUAAUAUGGCUGUUUGGUAUGCGGAACAACCUUAUCAUAUGGCUAACUGGAUGGGAAUUUAAAACGUUUAACAAUUUCCAUCGCUGGGUUGGCCGCAUAGCCGCCGUUCAAGCUGUGAUCCAUUCGAUCGGAUACACAAUCCUCAUCUUGCAGAGGGGUGGGUGGGCUUACUUCUGGCGCAUGUGCAAUAUGACCUAUUGGUGGACGGGUGAGCUGGCUACUAUCUUCUUGUGCCUACUUAUCACAUUGUCAAUCUUUUGGCUCCGUCGUCGACACUAUGAGUUCUUCCUCAUAACCCACAUCGGAUUAUCCAUCCUCAUCCUCGCAACAAUGUUGGGGCACGUGUCGAUAUUUCGAGGCGACUAUGACCCUCUAGUGUGGAUUCCAGUCACGAUAUGGUUCCUGGACCGAUUCAUUCGCGGGGCUCGGAUCAUGGCCUUCAAUCCACAAAUCUGGAACACAAGCGCUCUCGUUACUUACAACGAAGAUGCACACAUGGUUCGCGUUGUUGUCCCACUGCGCCCAAGCAUGUACGAGAUACCGCCUGGAACAUUUUACUAUCUCAUGGUGCUGAACAAAUGGAACUUUUGGGAAAGUCAUCCUUUCACUGUAGCAUCAGUAUCAGGGACAAAACGACACGCUGUUAAACAACUAGCAGAAGAAUCAGCUUUGCUUGGGAAUGUUCCAGUCUCGUCGGAGGAAGCAGAAAGCGAUUCGGAAAAGGACCAUCGAGAAAUGACAUUCUUGAUUCGACCUUACGAUAGCUUUACAUCGCGUUUGAGGAACUACGCUGAGGCAGAACAUCCGAAACCAGCCAUAUUACGAGUGGCCGUUGAUGGCCCUUAUGGAAAGACUUUGCCCCUGGAGCGCUUCGAUGAAGUACUUUUCAUUGUUGGGGGUAGUGGUAUCGCAGUCCCGCUCUCAUAUCUUCAGAGACUUCUGCAAUUCACCAGUCAGCCAGGAUCUGUCGAAAUCCACUGGUCAGUACGGCAAACUGCUCUGGCUGUCGAUGUGCUCAAUCACGAAUUGAGGGAUGUGCUCAGAGAUGAGCGGUUGAAGAUCGUCAUCUACGCCACGGGUAGAUCAGAUGAUGAAAACAGCUGCGAUUUGGCGGAGUGGAGGUCUGAACGAUUGAAUGUUGAAGAAGCCAUCGAUAGAUGUUCCGCAAUCGAAAGCGAGGGCAGUCUUGCAGUAGUCACAAGUGGUCCAGCCAAAAUGGCCGAUGAGAGUAGAUGCGCGGUGGCAGCUAGAACCUUACACUCUCGGCCUCGAAUCGAAUACUUCGAGGAGAGCUUUCAGUACUAA